AUAUAUCUUUCGCUCGUGCAGAAAAAAACGACACAACCCUGUUCGUUAGGGUUACAUUCCUCAUUUCUAGUUCCUAACAAUGGCGGGGAACGAUAGGUUGCUUUUACAUGGUGACCUCGAUUUGAAAAUUGUUGAAGCGAGGAGGCUACCUAACAGGGAUACCUUCUCCGAACGUAUGCGCCGUUGCUUCAAGCCUUGCAACUCCUGUAUUAAGCCUCCUACAUACGACUAUGAUCAUCCCAGAGUCGACAGUGACGGCGAAGAAGAGAGUUCCGAAGACGAGGACGACGAGAACAUUCGUCGCCGCCUCCCUAGGGAUACCAGCGAUCCCUACGUCACCGUGUCCGUCCCGCAUGCGAGAGCGACUCUCGCUCGUACGCGCGUUCUGAAGAACUCCACGGAUCCUGUUUGGAACCAGCAUUUCAACAUUUUCGUAGCGCAUCGGCUGGCUUACCUCAAGUUCAAAGUCAAGGACCACGACGUCUCCGGUGCACAGACCAUCGGCACUGUCCGUGUCCCGGCUCAAGAAAUCGCCUCCGGCGAACGCAUUGCGAGAUGGUUUCCUAUCCUCGGCCGCCGCUCAAGAAAGCCGCCGAAGAAGGAAACCGCUCUCCAUAUUGAUUUGAGAUUUACUCCGUUCGAUCAAAUCCAAACCAAGACGACGCUUGGUGGUGGUGUUACGGGGACUUAUUUCCCACUGAGGAAAGGGAGUCAGGUGAGGCUUUACCAAGACGCUCACGUGAUGGACAGAAUGCUACCCGAGAUUCGGUUGGACAAUGGGAAAGUUUAUCAACAAGGGAAAUGCUGGGAAGAUAUGUGCUAUGCUAUCUGCGAGGCUCACCAUAUGAUCUACAUUGUUGGCUGGUCUGUCUUCCACAAGGUGAAGCUGAUCAGGGAACCUACAAGGCCAUUGCCUAGAGGUGGGGAUUUGUCGCUUGGGGAGUUGCUGAAAUACAAAUCGGAAGAAGGUGUUCGAGUUCUGCUACUUGUAUGGGACGAUAAGAGUUCUCGUGAUAAGUUUGGGAUAAGCACGCAAGGAGUUAUGGGGACACAUGAUGAAGAGACUAGAAAGUUUUUCAAGAAUUCUUCUGUGAAAUGUAUACUGUCACCUCGUUAUGCCAGCAAUAAGCUUGGAUUGGUCAAACAAAAGGCAAUUGGCACUCUCUUCACGCACCAUCAGAAGUGUGUUCUUGUAGACACUCAGACUGCUGGUAGUAAUCGCAAAGUCACAGCUUUUAUUGGUGGGAUCGAUCUUUGUGACGGCCGCUAUGACACACCUGAGCACCGGAUAUUACACGAUCUUGACACUGUAUUUAAGGACGAUUUUCACAAUCCUACAUUUCCAAGUGGUACCAUGGCUCCAAGACAACCUUGGCACGAUAUGCAUUGUAGGAUAGAUGGGCCUGCGGCAUAUGAUGUUCUCAUAAAUUUUGAGCAACGGUGGAGAAAAGCGACACGAUGGAAAGAUCUCUGGCUAGAUGAUUCUUUGUUACGGAUAGGACGUAUAUCAUGGAUACUAAAUCCAGAGUUUAAAUAUCAGAUAGAUGGUACUUUACAUGUUCCAGAGGACGAUCCAGUUGUUUAUGUUUCUAAUGAAGAUGAUCCUGAGAACUGGCAUGUUCAGGUGUUCCGUUCUAUCGACUCAGGAUCCGUGAAAGGAUUUCCAAAAUAUGUAGAUGAGGCUGAGGCCCUGCAUCUAGAUUAUGACAAGCGUCUAGUAGUUGAUAAAAGCAUCCAGACUGCGUACAUCCAGAUAAUCAGAUCUGCUCAGCAUUUCAUAUAUAUCGAGAACCAGUAUUUUAUUGGUUCUUCUUAUGAUUGGCCUGAUUAUAACGAUGCAGGAGCUGACAAUCUUAUUCCUAUGGAGUUAGCACUAAAGAUUACUAGUAAAAUUAGAGCUAAAGAAAGAUUUGCUGUCUAUGUCGUCAUACCAAUGUGGCCUGAAGGCGACCCAAAGUCUGGACCUAUGCAAGAAAUUUUAUAUUGGCAGAGCCAAACUAUGCAGAUGAUGUAUUAUGUUAUAGCACGAGAACUGAAGUCGGUCCAGUCAAAUGCGCAUCCUCUAGACUACCUUAACUUUUACUGCCUUGGUAAACGAGAGCAACUUCCAGAUGGUAUGCCAUCCACCAGCGGCAGUGCGGUAUCUGAUUCUUAUAAGUUCCAGCGUUUCAUGAUCUAUGUGCAUGCAAAGGGGAUGAUAGUAGAUGAUGAAUAUGUACUUAUGGGAUCUGCUAAUAUCAACCAAAGAUCUAUGGCCGGCACGAAAGAUACCGAGAUAGCCAUGGGUGCAUAUCAACCCCAUCAUACAUGGACUAACAAGGGAAAACACCCACGUGGCCAGGUGUACGGGUAUAGGAUGUCCUUGUGGGCAGAGCAUUUAGGCAAAACUGGAUAUGAGUUUGUGGAGCCUGCUGAUCUAGAAUGUGUCAAGAACGUGAAUGAAAUCGCUGAAGGGAACUGGAGAAAGUUCAUAGAUUCGGAGUUCUCAGAGUUGCAAGGCCACUUGAUUAAGUAUCCUCUGCAUGUAGACAUUGAUGGUAAUGUAAUCCCUCUUCCAGAUUAUGACAGUUUCCCAGAUGUUGGUGGUAAGAUCAUUGGACAUGAUUCCAAGGCUAUCCCUGAUACUCUAACCACGUAAUGUUUAAUGGCUAAUGUUAAAGUGAAAGUGUUGUACAUUGUAACUGUGUUUAUUUAUAUUCUAUUGUGAUUUUUUGUCAAACUGUUUUUUCUUUGGGGUUUCAAAAACUAAAAUAAU